GCGGGCGCGGGCGCGGGCGGCGGGCGCGUGCGGCGGAGGAGGAAGGAGGUAGGAGCGGGAGGCGCGAGGCUCCGACGACUUCAUGCCGAGGAGACGCGUGCGCCGACGCCUUCCUGGCACCUCUGGCGGUCGGUGUGCGCCUCCGCCGACACCAUGGAGUUCCGCUCGUGUGCACGCGGCGGAGCUCGUGCACUCGUACUCGUGCCACGGCCGCUGGGAGGACAACGGCACGCACUUCCUCAUCACGACGCCGCUGAGCCGCCGCUCGCACGGCGCGCGCCGCCUGUGCUUCAUGUACCGCGAGGCGGACGGCGGCGGCGUGGUGCGCUUCUCGUCGUCCGCCGCCUCCUGCCGGCGCGACAUCCGACCCGGCGUCGGCGGCGGGCUCGCCUUCAACGUCACCAGCACAGGCCAAUGUGUGGAGAUUGGGUCCUCUUCUGCUGCGAAAGCAACUCUUCUACUGGUGGUGUCAUUGGCAGCUAGUGUUCAGCUGCUGGCCCUGCAAUUACUCACUCCCAGAUGAUGUGGCAUCACAGUGUAGUGUCGUAAAUGUUGGAUAAGAUAAUGGGAGAUUUCUUUAUCUCAGUGAUGCAAGAGCUAAGGCCUAUGCUCGCUGUGCUGGACGUGUCUGUGCUGUUCAUAUAGGGAGAAAUUUGUAGAGUGUGGGGCAAAAGCACCCUUCUUAACACAUGGGUGCUUAAUGUGCUUACCCUUUUCCACAAUUCUGUGACAGGUUGUAUUCUCUUCUUCCUAUUCUAAGUCUGGACCUGCAUGAUCACCCAUAAGAGAACUCUUCCAGCAACCAGUUAAUCAUAUUUAAGAAAUGAAGCUUAAAAUAUAUUUAAUUAUUGAUGGAAUAUUCAUGAAGAUUGUUAUUAUUAAUUAACUUUGAUUUCUUUCUGUAGAAAAAUGUAAUCCCAUUAAUAUGUCUAUUCUAUUAAAAAUCACAUGAUCACAAUUAAAUAUUGAAUGUUGUUAAUUACAAUUCAGAAAUAUUUUGAUAUAAUAAUAAUAUAAUUAUACCUAAUAUAAUGAGAAGUGUAGCUACUUUUUUAAAUGGUUAUUUUGAAACUGCACUCUGUAUAUUGAAAGAAGUAAUUUGCAUCUUUGAAUGUGGUUAAUUGGUGGCUUUGACAGAGCUCAAAGGUGAACUAAUGAGUGAUGAGACAUAUACAAGAUCCAACGAAUCCUGUGGACUGUUAUAAUUACUUUUAUGAAUGUAUGUGGAAGUGAAAUUCUAUGUGGGCAUGUGCUGCACAAGUAGACACAUGCCUGUGUACGUGUGCUUGUGUUUGAGUGCUAAGGAGAGAGCUACAUAGCUGUUUGCAUUGAGCUAUGCAGACUCACUUCAAAAGGGCUGUUGAACACCUGAAAUCCAGGCAUAAAUCUCUCUAAUUUUCGUAUCUAGCAUCUUAUGGCUGCUCGAGGAUUUCAUAAAAACUGGUUCUGAAGUACUCACUCUUGCUCUAUUCCAAGAAUGGGAGUGCUAACAGAACCUGCUUUCUACACAGCAGACGUUUUGUGUAUUCCAUGGACUUUGAAGAUGUUAUACAGUGCUGUGAUUUUUCUUAUUUCCAUGGUUUUUAAAUGCUACAUAUUUUAAAAGGGGGACGUUUUUACAUAAUUCUGUAAAACAAUCAUUCACAGAGUUAGGUGGCAUAUAAGUAAUAAAAGUUUAGAUUCUUACAUUUCAUUGUACGUUAUUAGUAACAGUAAGAGAAAAGUUGAUGAAGUUAAAAUGACUACAAGAAUGUGAUGCAAGUUUUUAUAAAUAUACAACACAUGUAAAUUAUUUUCUAGCUUUCAUUUGUGACAGGGGAUGUUUGAAACAGAUGUGUUAGAUGCAGCUUUUAACUUUUUGAAACAUUUUGCCACUGGCAGCUUUUUUGCUGAUUUUUCCCUCAUGUAUAGUCUAAUGUUUUCGUAUGGAACCAAUUUCUUAAAGUUAUUGCUAAUGCUCUGAGCAGUUCACACUAGUUAAAGAACUAAAUUUCAAGUUACUCUAAUUAUUGCUAAAAAAAUAAUUUCUUUGACCACCACGUCUGCAGGAAUUUUUCUGCACCACACUAGUGUUCAUCUGAACUGUAUGAAAACAUAGCUGCACAUGAGCCAUACAAUUUGAGAAGGAAUGAAUUUACCAAAUUUCUUCCUCAACAAUACAAUAUUGUUACAUUUUUUCUCUUGAAUUUUGUCUAUGCUAGAAUUUAAAUUUCUAAGUGACAGGUAUUUGAAUAAUAUACAGUCAUAUGUUAUAUCUAUGUAAAUAUAUAUAGUUUGCUUAUAUAUUAAUCACAAUAUUAUAACACUCAUCUUUCAGUCCUUCUCAUGUUGUUUAUAAAUGAAUUACUUUUCACAAAUUACUGUUUACUUGUUACAAUAUUUUUGCUAUUAUGUAUGUGGUAAGCAAAAGCAAUACAGAAAGAUGGUGAUGAAGGUUAGUUUGUAACACAGUAGGAAGAUGACUAACUUGGAUUGAGCUGCACAUUAUAAAUAUUAGAACAGAUUAUGAAAUUUUUCUUGCAUGAUGCAGAAGUGGUAGGAAUAUAGAGUGCCAUUUCUGAAAUAAUUUAUCUCUAAAAUUUAGGGUCAACUUGAAUUCAAUGAAGUCAUCAAUCCAAAAGCAAUAUGUAAAUUUCAACUAAUUUAUAGAGCAUAUCAUGCUAGCAAACAGGCUUGUAGGUACAAAACACACUGACUUGAUACAGAAGUGUGUAUCAACUUGAAUUUGAAUGUUUGUCAUACUUUGUUUUAUUUGUGCAUUGUAUGUAAAUAUAUUAAGUUUCAUAAUCUGGUUAAGAACACACAUCUUUAAAGCUUUGGCCAAAUAGCUCAAUAUUGCCAUCAAAAAUAAUUUUUGUAGCUAUUUAAUGCAAAAAUGUGAAUUUUAUUUCUUUCAACUUAUUAAUUAACAGAUUUAUGAAGCUGUUCUAAUGUGAUCAGAAGUGAUUUAUUUUGUACUUACUUUUUUAAUAAAUGAGACUGCUUGUACGUUUGUGUGUGUUGGAAAUGGAACCUUUGUUGAUAACUCAUCAUUUAAAUAUUUAAAUUUUGCUACAUGCAUUAAAUGGGCAAAGCUUUAAAUGAGUGUAACUUACAGGUAAUUGCACAAAGCAAGUUAUUAAUUGAUAGAAGUGUGUACCUUACAUAUAUCUUGAUGGAACUUAAAGCCAAUAAACUGGAAAACAAAUGAAAACUGAAACCACAAGCAUAUCUGGCUGCUAGAAUCUGAACAGUGCUACACUCCACACUACGAGAAUCUUUGUACAGCUAUUCUACUUUCACUAAUGAUAGUUAAUGUAUCAGAUAACUAAGUGCAUAUAUACUAUUAAUGUGAAAAGCAAUCAUGUGGUGUUGGGUGGAACAGGAUGAUGUUAGGUUGUAAAGAAGGUUCAGUAGAGAAACUGUUACAAGUUGGGAAGAGUAUCAGAAGAAGUUGUUCUAAGAACUCCCUGCUGUUUUGGGGACUUGGAAUGUUGAAAUAAAAGUUGUUUAAUGUGUGUCUUCAAACAGAAUAUUUAAAAGUAACAAAAUAAAUGUAUUUUCAUUAACACUCAAAUUCAUUCUCCUAUGAUAAUGCUAUAGAUAAGUAUAUUUAUUUAAUAUACAAUAAUUCAGUAAUACAUAAAAUAAUGUUAGUUUCCCAAAUUCUUUAUUUCUCUUCCAUCAGGAUUUACAGUAACCAUUUUUGAUAGUAUGAAUCACUGGGAUCUUUCUUUCUCUAAAUUUCACUUACUGGUUCAAAAUUUGUAUUAAAAAAAAUAGCUCUACAAAUUUUGUAUUUUUAUCAUGAAAAAAGAAAGACCUUUUGGAGGAGAGUGUUGAUGACAAUACUAACAAUGGAUUUAUAUGUGAACUGUGAUAGUCCUAAAUAUUACCUUCAUUUGAUAUAUUUUUGCACAGAAUCUCCACAACUUCAACAUACCUUUUUUCUCCAAAUUUAAUCGUAUUUUAAAUGAAGAAAGCACCUGAGUGAUGAAUUACAUUAAACAAUUUUUCAGUUAGUAUAAUUAAAAUCUUUUGAAAUUCAAUCAUUUCAUUCAUCUAUUUUUUUCAAAAACUCAAAUGUGGGUAUUCUGUGUAAUCAGCACAUUCAGGAAAUCCAGCAAGUAAAUCAUUGUAUGCAAAAACUUUGAUUUACUUGAACUAUACUAAAUGUAAUAUAAAGUUCCACAUCAUGUGAGAAACAUAAGAAAUAUUAUAGUAGAGAAUGAGUAACAUUGGUUUGACACACUUGUAUGAACGUGAGAGAGUUAUGGUGCCUUGUUACUGUUUAAAAUAUUAUGUUAGCCAUCACCAUAUCUGCACUGGUGUGUUGAAUAUUUAGCCAUUAUUGAUAUCAAUUUGUUAUUACAUUGAUAUAAAAUAUAUUUACCCAAUUCAGCUAAGAAAUUUGAAUAACUAAAUGCAAAACAAACCAUCAAGAAAAGAAAUUCCUAGACUACAAUAAAUAUUUUACACGGUUUAUUUUGACUUUAUAGAUACGCGUGAUGAAUCUUCAUCAAGAAAUAUAAAGAAAAUAAUAUAUCUAUUGGAUAGAACUUUUAGACAUCACUAGCAGAUCAGUUUUAUUAAUACAAUUUCAUAGCAAAAUUUAUUGAAUUAAUUUCAAAUACAAAUUCAUUUAAUUGUAACGUACAUACAUUUUUUUCACAUGUAAUUUUUUUCAAAUUACCAUUUUAAUUUUUCUCUGCAUACUAUACUUUGUUAUAACUAAUAAAUCCUACACAAUUAGAGUGCAGAACUGGUGAGGCAAUAUGGUAUAGAGGUGAAAUCUGUAAAUACAUGUGUUGUACAUAGAUCCACUGAGGGUUGCACUUCAAUAUAGUAUAUUGAUAAUUUUCGGCUACAGCAUUCAUGAAUAGAGAUUUUUAAAUGACAUCAUGAUAAGGGAAACAAACUGGUAUUUUGUCUGCAUAAAAAGAAAGAAGAAAUGUUCAAAACCAUCUUGAUUUUGAGUUGAAACAACAAUGCUAUUAAAUAUAUAUUAUAGAACAUCCUCAAUACUUCUUAUGCUUCCAAUGUAUUUUCACAAACUUAGUUGUAGUUAAUUCACAGUUCUAUUUCCGAAAAUAUAAACUUCUUUAUAAUAAUCUUUAUAGUAUGAAGAAGACAUUUUUAUAUAUAUUGUCCUAUAGUUGUAAUGUUAUUAGUAAUCCCUAUAAUCUGUAGAAAGCUGGUUUUCCAAGGACAGUGUUUUACUAAAAAAAACAUAGCAAUGGAUUGAUAUACAACACUAAUAAUUUUGCUCCAUUGUUUCAACUGAUUUAAGGAAGUUAAAACCAAUUGAUUGGACCUUCUAAGUUUGUAUAAUUCUCAUAUUCAUGAAUGCUGUGAGACGUAUAAUUAAUCAUUUUCUGCAAUGUUUCAGAACAUUAUCAUCCCUUGUUAGAUGCAUAGUAUAUAAUGACCCAAGUUGUACAAGGUUCUACUGACUGAAGUAAGUACAUGAAUCAAGAUAUUGAUGCAAUAUUAUAUAAAUAUAUAUAUGAAUAAUAAUAAUCACAAUUUUAUUUUUAUUUUAUUAUUAUUUUUUCUCCAAUGCAUUUAAUGUAAUACGGAGAAAAAGAAAAUAUUACUAAUAAAGUAGUUAAUCAAGAUUAAGAUUUUUUAUCUUCUUUCUUGAAUUCCACAGUAGAAUUUAUUUAAUGGAUUAUUUACUUCAUUCACACACCAGCUUAUAAUGAUGUGCUAAACUUGAGUGAAGAGUUGAGAGUUUGUGAGAUUUUUUCAACCUGAUUUUAAAAAUAAUGUCAAGGUUAAAGUAUACAAGUCAUUUCUUUCCCAGUUCUUUCUUUAAUUAAAUCAAAGAUUUAUUUUCUUUACUCACCACAUCCAGUAGUACUUCAAAAUACCAACAGAACCAUCAUUAAUUUGAAA